AUGGAGACAUCGUCAUUCGUGGAGGAGAGCUACCAAGAGGAGUCCCACGGUCUCCUGCCACAAGAAGGCUACCAGCAGAGCUACACCACCCUUCAAGGUUCUAACACCCGCCCCCUUAAGCAAAGUGACCCUGCAACUGCUGUUACGGCGGAGCUGACAAGCACCAUUCGAGCCUCUGAUGGUCUUCAUCCUCUCAGUCCUGAGGCGCUUUCAAAGCUGGAAGUGGUGAUACGAGGUAGUCAGCACUCUCUGGUCCCUCCGCCUCCACCACCUCAACAGCAGUAUAUGCACCAACACCAUUUGAAAAGAUCCUUCUCAACUGUGGAGGCCUCUGAUUUUGACCAAGUGAUGUUCGGAACCACGUCUACGGUUCGUGGCAUUAGUAGUGGGGCGGAAAAGCUGCAACAACAAGAUUCAUUCGUUACCACCCGGAAUCCCUUGAAUGGAGAAACGAUACUCCAUCUUGCUGCUCGAAUGAAUGUUGGCGCAAGAGCAAUUCGUCGGCUUUGUGGAACUCUGGUUUCUGAAGAGGGUUCUGCGGCUUCAGCUGAGAAGACUCUCGCUCUUCUCUGCUUGGAUAAAGAUGGUAGAUCUCCUCUAACAGCCUCGGCAGCUACUGACGGUCUCGAAACUACCACUGCCCUAUAUCGGUUGGAAAGAGAGGCGAUUACCUGCAGUAGAAGUGCUGCAAGUUCCCAGUCUGUACCUCCGGCAUCCACCACAGAGGGUGCAGGAGUUUCAGGUGAAAAACCUUCCACAGAAGCUCGACGUCGUACAAGA